CCUCUCCCCCUCUUCUUCACCUCAACACUUCAGCUGGGUCGGCCUCGCUCUCACCGUACCCGGUGGACUGGAGGCAUAAUUCUCCGCCUGCGGAGCGCUUCAGCCGUCCGAUCCCGCGAUGAAGCAGCUCCACAAGCAGACCAGCCACCAGAUCCCCACCCACGCCGCCAAGCCUGCCAAGCCCCCCUCCCGGUCUGCCGCCUCCGCUUCCGCCCCCACGUCCUUCCUCCGCGCCGCAGCCUGGUACCUCCUCCGCGAGCAGCGCCUCGUAUUCGUCAUCGCCGGCGCCGUCAUCGCUUCCACCUUCUUCCUGCUUCAUCCCUACCACUCCUCCUUUCCCCUUCUCCACACCUCCGAUCGCUUCUUGCACGAAGGGUUCCUCCCCGGCGUACGCCACCCCUCUUUCUCCUCCCCCUCCUCCUCCGGCGGCAGCGUUGCCGUAGGUGGCGGUGGGCGGAGGGUGCCUGUGGGGCUGAAGAAGCCGGCGAAGCGGAUCGUUGUGACCGGAGGCGCCGGAUUCGUCGGGAGCCAUCUGGUGGACAAGCUGCUUUCCAGGGGGGAUAACGUGAUCGUGAUCGAUAACUUCUUCACCGGGAGGAAGGAAAACGUGGUGCAUCACUUUGGAAACCCCAGCUUCGAGCUGAUCCGCCACGAUGUCGUCGAGCCGAUCUUGUUGGAGGUGGAUGAGAUCUACCAUCUCGCUUGCCCGGCGUCGCCAGUGCACUACAAGUAUAACCCAAUCAAGACCAUUAUAUCAAAUGUGAUGGGAACACUAAACAUGUUGGGUUUAGCAAAGAGAAUUGGAGCUCGAUUCCUAUUGACAAGUACCAGUGAGGUGUAUGGUGACCCACUUGAGCACCCACAGAAGGAGACCUAUUGGGGCCAUGUCAAUCCUAUAGGUGUUAGGAGUUGUUAUGAUGAAGGAAAGAGAACAGCAGAAACUUUGACCAUGGACUACCAUCGUGGUGCUGAAGUUGAGGUCCGUAUUGCACGAAUAUUUAACACAUAUGGACCUCGCAUGUGCCUAGAUGAUGGCCGGGUUGUCAGCAACUUUGUUGCACAGGCACUUCGUAAGGAACCUAUGACGGUUUAUGGCGAUGGAAAGCAAACUCGAAGUUUUCAAUUUGUUUCAGACUUGGUUGAUGGGUUAAUAGCACUAAUGCAGAGUGAGCACAUUGGACCUUUCAACUUGGGUAAUCCAGGGGAAUUCACCAUGCUGGAGCUAGCUGAGAUUGUGAAAGAGGUUGUUGAUCCUUCUGCAACCAUAGAAUUCAAGCCCAAUACUGCAGAUGAUCCUCACAUGAGAAAACCUGAUAUAUCCAAGGCAAAAGAACUGCUGAACUGGGAGCCGAAGAUUAAAUUGCGACAAGGGCUACCCCUAAUGGUGACCGACUUCCAAAAGCGUAUCCUAAGUGACGGAAAAUGACCUGUCAUGAAUGCCAAGUUAAGAGUCUGUACCAUACAACACACCAUCAGCUUGAUCAAUCGGUAUCUCCGUUGUUGUAAUUUAUGCAUCAGCUUGAUCGUUUGGUAUCUAUGUUGUUGUAAUUUCCACAAAUUCCAACAGUCAACGGUUGCUUCAUUAUGUAUUCCAUGUGAGAUAGGUUUGACCACUCAGAACUUAAAAGAAAGGAAACUUACUGUAUUUAUGCUGUCUUAUCAAGUGAAGGAAACUUUAUUGGACUCA